AAAACAAGCGCGAUGUUGCAGUCGUCACAUUUCUCCCUUCAGCUGGCCCGGAUACAUGUUGUGUUGGAGUGUCUCGGUUUUAUUCUGAACCCAUUGUGUGUUUCGGCCAAUAUUAAGUAUGCCAACAGACACGUACGCGUAUCUUCCCACGGGUCUGGAUGAGGGGAGAGGAGACAGGGAAGAGACGGCCCCGUCGCUCUUGGAACUCGCCAAAGACAACGUAGGUGCACAAUGGCGAGCCAAGGCCAGGAAGAAGAAGAAAUCGGCGGGAUCUAUGAGGAGAAAUGGCAUUUUGAAACGUUCUAUUUUAAGACUGAAGGAUACCUGUUCCUUCUGCCAUUGCUCCAAGUCCUCGUGUUACAACUUUCUCCAUUACGUCUUCCCCUUCGUCAGAUUGUUGAAGGGAUAUAGCGGCCUGUACGACUUUCCCUGUGAUAUCAUUGCGGGGCUCACGGUCGGGAUAAUGCACAUUCCACAAGGCAUGGCGUAUGCUCUCCUGACGCAGCUCCCGCCGGUCUACGGACUCUACACCUCCUUCUACCCGGUCAUUAUCUACUUCUUGUUUGGAUCUUCCAAACACAUAUCUGUCGGAACAUUUGCCGUGGUCAGUCUGAUGGUGGGAGCCGUGGUGGACCGGGGAUACGUCAGGUUCCGUCGAGAGGAACUGCUGCAUCCUAACAACAACAUGUCGCUCAUCCUCAUAGAAGCCAACGUGACAUCACCCGUGUAUCAGAAACAUAUGGAGGACCUGGAGGAGAUUAAAGUAGCGUAUGCCAUGUCCGUCACAUUCGCUGUGGGAAUCAUGCAGGUCCUCCUCGGCGUGCUCCGUCUUGGAUUUCUAACGACGUUCCUGUCCGACCCCCUCAUCAGCGGCUUCACCACCGGCACUGCCAUCCAUGUCUUCUCCAGCCAGAUCCAGUCUGCAUUCGGUGUUACCAUUGGCCGAUACAACGGACCAUUUAAGCUCAUAUACGCAUACCGUGAUUUCUUUGCCAACAUCGACCAAAUUAACUUUGUGACGAUGACUGCGACGAUCGUAGCUGUGUUAGCUAUUAUCUUCAUCAAGGAGGGCAUCAAUAACAACAAGUCAUGUAGGCCGAGAAUGAAGGUUCCAAUACCUAUCGAGUUAUUGGUGAUCAUAGGCGGGACAUUAUUAUCCCACUUUCUGAAUCUGAAUUCGGAGUUUAACGUGGAGGUGGUCGGCGAACUUCCCCGUGGGUUGCCCAAACCAGACGUAACCAAACUGAGGUUCUUCCCGGAGCUUAUUGGAGAGGCGUUUGCCAUCUGUUUUACAGCCUUUGCAAUUUCAUUCUCAAUGGCUAAAAUAUUGGCUGAUAAACAUUUCUAUGAGAUAAACCCAAACCAGGAGCUGGUGGCGCAUGGGAUGUGUAACGUGCUGGGGCCUAUUUUCUCGGCAUUCUGCAGCUCCGCUUCUUUAUCCCGGAGCAUGGUGCAGGAGAACGUGGGUGGGAAGACACAGGUUUCAAGCCUAAUAUCUGGCGGCCUCGUCAUCAUUGUUCUCCUCUCUAUGGGUCCCCUCUUUAAAGCAUUGCCUAACUGCAUUUUGGCAGCCAUAAUUCUGGUGUCCCUAAAAGGAUUGUUCACACAGAUCAUUGAAGCCAGACGACUUUGGAAGGUUUCCAAAAUAGAUUUUACGGUGUGGCUGGUGGUGUUUGUAGCCACGGUGUUGCUGGACGUUGACCUGGGGCUGCUUGUGGGGCUCGUCUACAACCUUGUUCCUGUGUUGCUCAGAACACAAAGAGCCUAUUCCUGUCUGCUAGGCAACCUGGCUGGAACCGAGGCUUACAUGGACAAGAAAGUCUACCCAGGUGCAAAGGACAUACCAGGUAUAAAGAUCUUUCGAUUCGAGGCACCUCUGUAUUUUGCCAACAUGGAACACUUCCGCCGCCAACUGAUCAGGGACACCGGUCUGGACCCUCAGGAGCUGAAGAGGAAGAAGGACAGGUUGAGGGAGGCCGACGUCAUUCUUCGACACCACCAGGUGUGCCUGGAUGCACAAAAGAGUUGGCCGGAUGUACCAUGUACAGGGUUAGGUCACGAGCAGACGAAAUCUUACAUGGCCAAAGAAGAACUUAAAGAGGAGAUUCAUGCCAUCGUCAUUGACGGCUCCACCAUACAAUACGUCGACUCGGUCACUGUAAAGGUCUUGUUUGAGAUUGUCCAGUCCUACAAAGACGUAGAUAUAGACAUCUAUCUUGGAGAAUGUAAAGGUACCGUCCGGUCGAUGCUGGAGAAAUCCGGUUUCUACACUCACAUUCACCGCCGCCAUGUUUGUGCUACAAUACAUCAUGCAGUCAUGUGUGCCCAGAGGUCAAAAUCAGUUUCUAUGGAUACCCUGGGCAGCUACGGCAGUGAUUACAUGCUGGCGGAGGGCGACUUCGUCCAGGUUGACCUCCCUGACGACGCAGACGAUGUGGCCAGUCAAGACAUUACUCUCUGAUGACGCGUGAGAGAGGGACUGGCCAGUGAUAAAGUGCUAUACUUAUUGCAGCCAUUCUGGUUUGUGUAUAUAAUGUGUUCUGAAUAAAUCUAUAUUGUUUUCAA